AUGUUUUUUGGAUAUAAUUCAGCUCCUAAUUCAAACAUUUCUUAGACUUAAAGCAUUCUUCAUGAAUCUCAAGUACUUUCACUACAAAGAGAAAGUGAAAAUUACAUUAGAAAAGUAGAACAAGAUAAAAAACAUCAUUAUAAUAUUGAAGAAACUUGGGUAACAACAAAAAAGGAAUGGUAAUAAAAAAAAGAAUAAAUAAAAAAAGUAUAAUCAUUCUUUUUUAUACUAGAUUUAACAUGAUUAAACAUUGCCAGCUGCUAAACAAUAAUUAAAUAAAAUCAAAAAUUUAUAAAAUGCUUUAGAAUAAUCAAUAUUAAAAUACAAUGAAUCAUAAACAUAUAAUUUAGAUUUAAAAAAAUAGAUAAAUAUGUUAAGAAAAGAAAGACAUUAAUAUAUAAAUAUUCAUUAAGAUUUAUAGGAGGAAUUAUUAAGAAUAGAAAAUGAAACUGUCGCAAAUGAGGCAUUUCGUAAUUCAAAUGAAAUAUAAGCUUAGAAAAAGAAGGAAACAAUAGCUGAGAUGAAAAAAAAAAAUGAUUAAGAAAAAGAUAAAUAUGUCGAAUAAUUCGAUAGAUUAAAAAAAGAGGUUAUGGAAGAGAAAAAAAAACAUGAUUUAGAUAAUUUAGGUUAAAGAAAAGAGAAGGCUGCUAAUAUUGACACUGCUUCAACAUUAAAACUUAGAUUAAAGAAAUUGAUUUCUAAUAAUAAAGAGAAGGUUAAAUUAAUUGAUACAUAUUGGAAAAAUAUGAAAGUGAUUGAAGAUGCAUUUAAUCAAAUAAAAGAAGCGUCAGGUAUUUAAGAUAUAGAAGAAAUUAUGAAUACAUUUAUUAAAAGUGAAGAAUAAAACUAUUCUCUUUAUAAUUAUGUAGAUAUAUUAUCUUAAUAAAUUGAUUAAUUGCAAGAUUAAAAUUAAGAUUUAAAAAAAAAAAUUGAUUCAUAAAGAGUUGAAAAUGAUAGCAAAAAAAGAUUACUUAUGGCUACUCCAUAAGCUGAAAGACAUAAAAAAAAAAAUGAUUUAAUCAUUAAGAAAAAAUAGGAAGAAAUCAAUACACUUAGAAAAUAAAUGGAAGAAAUAGCACCUACUUUAAAAGAUGCUUUAAUUGAAUUAUCUUAAACAUAAUUGGUAAUUCAUAUUUUUAUCUCAUUAAGGCAUCUGAUCCAACUGCACAUCUAGAUUAUAAAUUAUCAUUUAAUCUUAAUGAAAGCUCUUUAGAAAAAUAUUUAUAAGAUCUUGAAAGAUUUAUAGAUCUGGCUGUUGCUAAGUAUUUUAAUAUCUAUCAUAUUUUAGAGAAAAAAUUGCUUAAAACUAAAGUAUUGCUCAAAGUACACUACUUUUAGAUGAAAUUCCACUCAAAGAAUUCAAAGGAUCUAAUAAAUAAUUUAAUGAAGAUGAAUUAUUAAAAUAGGAAUCCUAAUAGCAACAAUAUAAUAAAUUAUUAACUUAAAAGGCUUUAAGAGAUAUGGCUUUAGAAAGUUUAAAGAAAAAAAAAUGA